GUUCGCUUUCGCUCUGAAGGUUUAAUCAGUCAUCAUUGAAUAUUUUGAAGACUCGUACUGAUUAGAUGUGAAUUUUGAUUCUGAGAAAGACUGUGUCACAGCCUUGACCAGACUCGGGAGUCGGAAACAGUACCGGACGUUCUCACCGUGACCUUACAUUGCAACACUUGCCUAUCAUGUUCUCCAUCUUUGGUGUGUUCAAGCGCGUUUAUGCGGCUUUCAUUAGUCCACCUCACCCACCCAACGUGGCAGAUAACGAUGCUUCUCCUCCCCUGAAAAUUGGUAUUCUAGGGGCAGCCGCAAUUGCUCCUCCUGCUCUUGUUCUGCCUGCGAAAAGCCAUCCGGAGGUAGAACUUUAUGCUGUCGCAGCGCGGGACAUCAGUCGCGCCGAGAAUUUCGCGAAGAAGCAUGGUUUCAAGAAGUGGUAUGGAGGGAAAGAUGGAUACCAAGACCUUCUCGAUGACCCCGCGGUAGACAUGGUCUAUAACCCCCUGCCUAAUGGUUUACAUUACGAAUGGACAAUGAAGGCUCUUGCUGCCGGAAAGCAUGUGCUCUUGGAGAAGCCCAGUGGUAAUACCGCCGAAGAAACGAGGCGCAUGUUUUCUCUCGCGGACCAGAAGGGGCUCGUUCUUCUUGAGGCAUUCCACUAUAGGUUUCACCCUGCUAUUCAACGUGUCAGGGCCAUCAUUGACAAUGGCGAACUGGGCGCUAUCAAGGAAGUAAAUGCAACUCUUACGCUCCCGAAGGGUGUGGUUGGCAACGAUGAUGAUAUUCGGAUGAAAUACGAUCUUGGUGGUGGUGCGAUGAUGGAUUGCGGAUGUUAUCCAUUAAGCUGUGUUCGUUAUCUUGCAUCAAGCAACCCUACUGCGGUGAUAUCCGCAACCGCGGUACGGUACCCAAGAGAUCCACGUAUUGAUACAGGCACCACUGCCAAUCUCACUUUUGCUUCCUCGAAGCCUAGCGAGGAGCCAGUGAGGUCCACUAUCAAAUGCGACUUUGCCGUCCCUCCCCGAUGGGGCUUUAUCCCUCACUGGCCGGAAAUUUCCGUCCACGCAGUUUGUGAACGUGGCUCUAUCGAUGUGUUCAACUUCGUGAUGCCUGUGAUUUACCAUUCUAUCACUGUGAGACCUGACGGUGACGUUCCGAGGACCGAGAGGGUAUACACGUUCGAGGGUGGUAAAGGAGAGGAGUGGUGGUCCACCUACAGGUACCAGCUGGAAGCUUUUGUAGACAAGGUUAAGGGCCGAACACCACAAACCUGGAAAAUUUAUGAAGAGAGUGGACUUGGGUCUCGACCCCAAUCUACAUAUGUCCUCCCAACAGCUUGAUGUUAGAUUGGUUAUUGUCAUGCGUGUUUCAAAG